AUCAACAUCCCUUUGACGGCAACAGCAACAACAACAACAACUAACAACUAGUGUGUGCGUGUGUGUCAAUUUGCAAAUUAGCUGGUGCAAUCCAGCCAUCUAUACAAAUUAAUCAGCAAUUCUCUGUACCAUUUCUUUUGUCUUCCUUGUCAUUUUCAUGUCUAGUAAUUUGGUGGGGUUGGUCUUGGCAACAGCCAUGGCUGUUUCUGCCUGCACCAUCAUUUUGUUUGAUCAUCUUAGGGAAAAGUAUAUGGAAAUUGCUCAGCUUGAAAUUACCAUGAAUGUUCAAGAAUCAUCUCCACAGGGAAAGUGUAUUCUCAAGUCUUGCUUAUCAUCAGGUGAAAAGAAGAUGAGUUUCACGAAGCAGAAGAAGAAGAAGAAAAGGGUUCGUUUUGCGGCAGAUGUGAAAGAUUCAAAGAGUAAUGGGGAGGAAUACAGAAGAGGAUAUAGAAAUUCUUGGGGGAUGAAGGUUUUGGAGAUGCCAGCAAAUCGGAGAGCUUUGUAUGCUGAAAUUCUCAAAGAUAAGGUGCAUCACUUGGAAUUCUCUUAUUGAUCAGUACUUGGGGGGUUAACAAUUAAGAAAAUACAUUUUAGGCCUUCUCAAAUGAAAAUUACUUGGAAUAUUUAAUAUUUAUAUAUAUAUCGAAACUCUAUUGAUUUCUAAAUUAAGUUAUUUCUCAUUUUGUUUAGUUCCA